AUGAAAAAAAUAGGUACACAUAACGGAUUUUUCCACUCAGAUGAAGCAUUGGCAGUCUACAUGCUUAAACUCUUGCCAGAAUAUAGAGAUGCAGAGGUAGUGAGAACUAGAGAUCCAGAGGUGUUAGAAACAUGUGAUGUCGUGGUCGACGUGGGAGCAGUUUAUGGUAAUUAUUUAUGUAUAACAGAUUUUCAGACCCAAAGAGACAUAGGUAAAGUUGAAGCGCUCAAAAACUUCAGAUAUGACCACCACCAAAGGGAUUUUAAGGAUUUCUUCGACGAGGAACACGAAGUAACAAAACUUAGUUCAGCAGGACUCGUUUACAAACAUUUCUCGAAACGACUGUUUAAGGAAGUUUAUAAAGUUGCGGAUGAAGAAACAGUUGAAUAUCUGUACAAAUCAAUCUACGACAAGUUUAUAGAAGGAAUGGAUGCAAUAGAUAACGGAGUCCCGAUGUGCGACGGAGAACUCAAAUACAAAACGAAUACGGAUCUGUCAUGUAGAGUAUCUAGGCUAAACCCAUCAUGGAUAGACAGUGAUGUUGCCGACGUUGAUGAGAGGUUUAUGAAGGCUGUUGAACUGACUGGUCAGGAAUUCGAGUACUUUGUCAAUAACGCUUUGAAUGUCAUUUUGCCAGCGAAAGCUCUACUUCAUAAGGCGCUGGACCAGAGGUUCCAAACACAUAGAUCGGGAAAAGUGAUAGAAGUUAGGAAGUCGUGCCCAUUCUCAGAAUUUUUGUACAAGCAUGAAGAGGAAAAUAACGUUCCUGAUGAAGAUAGAGUACUCUUUUAUCUAACUUUCGAUGACGCAUCAAAACAAUGGAGGUCAACGUGUAUAAGAGAAAAGGGUUCUCAGUUCAAAUCACGACUACCAUUUCCUGAACAUCUAAGAGGUAUUUCAUACAUAACUAAAAUGAGGUCCAGGACUCAGAGACCAGGACCUGGAGAAGGCAUCUGGAAUACCAGAUUUAACCUUUAUUCACGCAACCGGGUUCACAUGUGGAGGGAAGACGAAAGUAUAUUUAAAUUUAAAUAA